AACAGCUCGGUACAGUACAGUAGAUUCCAUUAACUAGGUGCCCGCGUAGGAAAAACGACGGAAAAAUGUUUCCGGAAACAUUGGUAUUCGGGAUAGCGUUGCUCAUCACGGGCGCUAUUCUGUUUCUGCUCAUUUACUUUCUGAUAAUACUAUCCGAUCUAGAAUGUGAUUAUCUAAACGCACAACAAUGCUGUUCGAAGCUCAACUUCUGGUCCAUCCCAAAACUGGCGGGUCACGCAUUUCUGGUAUUUGUGCUACUCAUUCACGGCAAUUGGAUCCUAUGUCUGUUCAAUCUGCCAAUGGUAGGAUGGUUGCUGUACGAACAGUACAAGGUGCCGCCGGGCAACAUCGGUGUGUACGAUCCGGCGGAAAUCCAUAAUCGGGGGAUGGUGAAAAAGCACCUGCGAGACACAAUGAUUGGAUUGGGCUUCUAUUUGAUUAUCUUCUUUGUCUAUCUGUACUGUAUGAUAAUCGCCUUACUAAAGGGAGACCCCAUUAGACGACACGAAGAGGAGGAAAUCAUUACCGAGUUCUAGAUACGCUAUCCAUACACGGAAGGAUAUGUUUUGCUCAAAAACCAACAAAAACUUCUCGAAUAGUGCGUUGAUUUUGCUUCGGAUUUCAUUUGAUAACUUAUCAACUACAAUUGAAUUUCCAAAAAGGAAUGUAGGGAAAAAGUGGAGGGUUUUGUAGCAUUUAGAAUAGUCAUGCAUGAUUUUGUGUCAAGCACUUCCACUGCUAGCCAAAGAUUUCCAAAUACUCCUUUUUAGGUAUGUAAUGACAAACCCAUAACAAUACAAAGGAAAAUAAAAAAAAACACCAUCGACAGUUUGAUAUAAGCUUUCAU